UUGUCCAGUAUUUCUUUAAUUCUGUUCCUAUUUAAUUGGGGAAAUGAAACUGAACUUUUGUCCGAUUGCUAUGACAUAAUACAGCUUCACUUAGAUUUUAAGUAAAGAGAGAAGAAGUCUGAAUCUUUAAGCUGACACUGGGAUACUGAUUAUCCAGGAUGCAGCUGUCAGUCCAUCUGUUUGCAGUUGUCUGGGUGGCUGCACUGUUGUCCUUUAUUCUCUGCCAGGAUAAUUGUCGGGUGCAGGAUGGGAAAGCAGGACAGCCAGGAAUUUCUGGUAAAGAUGGCUGGCCUGGACAAAAAGGAGAGAAAGGAGAGCCAGGGUUGCUGGUACAAAAGAGUAUGCAGGAACUGACUGCCUUUAAAGGAGAUAAGGGUGAAGAUGGUCCCAUUGGAGACAUUGGUCCUAAAGGCUUACCUGGUGUGCUUGGUCCAGAGGGUCCCAUCGGUCCUACGGGAAAUCAAGGCAGCAGUAUAGAUAGUGAAGUGUCCAAUACUAAAAAAGCAGCCUUUACCGUGACACGUAAGAAGAAUGAAUACCCGAGGUACAACAGCCCUCUGAUAUUUACUGAACAGCUUAUUAAUUUGAAUUCAGACUUCAACAUUCAAACAGGUUAUUUCACGUGUAAGAUUCCUGGAAUGUAUUACUUUGUGUUUCACUUUGUCUCUGAGGGUGAUCUAUGUGUAAAACUAAUGAGUGACAACAGUGCUCGAGUGACCUUGUCAUUUUGUGACUUCAACAAACGUACAUCAAGUGUAUCCCAGGUUAUGUCUGGUGGAUUUGUGAUUGAGCUUGCUAAGGGCAAUAAAGUGUGGAUACAACCUUUUAAAAAUCCAGAGCACAACACGGAGACAUACAAAAUGUCAAAAACUGAAAAGUCUGUGUUUAAUGGAUUUCUGAUUUUUGCUACGGGUUAAAAAAAAAAUCUGGAAUUUUAGUGCAAGUGUAUUAUCUUUCCACUGUUUUCAAGGUUUUUCCAUUUUUGUUCACUUUUUAUUCACUUUUCACUUUCAUGCAAUGUUCUUUGCAAUCCAAAUGGAUAUUUCAGUUGUUAAACCCAUUCUAAUAAUAAAUCUUUCUGUGAAACUGAA